AAUUACCUCUAUGCCCCCCGCAUUGAUGAUAUAGUUGUUGUUGUAGUUCUCACGUUCGACUUCUGCUUAUCAAAUACACGUGAGUGCGGUGGCCUACUAACAAGUUGCUGAUCAAAAUGGGACAGAAAAAGAGAAAGGGAGAGAGGGGAGCUGUGACAAAUUACGUAUCAAGGAAUCAAGCACUAAAAAAACUGCAGCUGAGUUUACCUGAUUUUAGACGCCUCUGCAUUUUAAAAGGCAUAUAUCCAAGGGAACCAAAGAACAAAAAGAAGGUGAACAAGGGAAGUACUGCAAACAAAACCUAUUAUUAUGUGAAGGAUAUUCAGUAUUUGUUACAUGAACCUGUUUUGGACAAAUUCAGAGAGUUCAAGGUUUUUAUAAGAAAGCUAAAAAAGGCAUUAGGGAGAGAUGAAACCAGCAGAGCUGCAAAGUUAGAAGAAAACAAACCAGUUUACUCCCUCGAUCACAUUGUAAAGGAAAGGUACCCCACGUUUAUAGAUGCAGUUAGAGAUUUGGAUGAUGUUUUGUCAAUGGUUUGCCUUUUUGCUAUGUUGCCACAGACUUAUAAGAUUAAGACAAAUAUGAUAAAGAUGUGCAGGAGAUUGUCAGCUGAAUUUCAGAAUUAUGUCAUUGCUUCAAAAUCUCUAAGAAAGGUGUUCAUAUCAAUCAAAGGGAUAUACUACCAAGUCGAAAUUCAAGGCCAGCCUGUGACAUGGAUUGUUCCUCACCAAUAUACAUAUGAACCACCCUCAGAUGUUGACUUCAGAGUAAUGCUCACAUUCCUAGAGUUUUACACGACCCUUCUUGGCUUCAUUAAUUUUCACCUCUACCACUCGAUGAAUAUUCAUUACCCACCAAAGCUGGUAGUCAAUCCGAAUUUGGCUGAAGAUACAGGAUUCUGUGAUGAUGUUGAAAUGGAAGAUGAAAAACUCGCUGCUUUAACAAACACAUUGGCAACUCUCGCACAAGAUCACGAAGACGAGGCAACGAUCGACGAGUUUACAUCCGAGGCAGGUUCGAAAGAAGCAGAGCAAGAACAGGCAUUCAGAAAGGAGAGAGAGGAGCUGGAAGCAUUUAACAAUUUGUUUUCUGACCAGAAAAUUUUCAUUUCGAGAGAAGUCCCUCGCGAGCCACUCACUUUUAUAGUCAGGUCAUUUGGCGGAGAAGUUUCAUGGGAUCCUAUUUCUGGCCACGGUGCUCCAUAUAAGGAAGGCGAUCAGUCAAUCACUAUGCAGAUAAUGGACAGGCCUUUGCCAAAAAAGACAUACUUGUCCAGGCAUUACGUACAGCCGCAGUGGGUUUUUGAUUGUGUUAAUGCAAGAAAGAUUCUUCCGAUCGAUGACUACAUGCCUGGAUCGACGCUUCCACCUCAUCUCUCACCGUUCGUAGAGGAAACCGAGGAAGAUUAUGUCCCACCGGAAAGGCAAGAAGUGAUUGCUAUGGAAAAGAAAAUUCUUCGCGAAGAAAAUGCUAAGAGCGGAAAGAAGAAUGACGAAGAGGAAAAACCACUUAAACGCAAAGGGGACGACAUGACGUCAGAAGAGAAGAAGUUGGCCGUAAUGAUGAUGCCAACGAAAAAGAGAAAGCUGUACGAUAAGAUUUUAUAUUCCAAAAAACAGAAAGCCAAAGAGAAAUCGAAGUUAAAGAAGAAGAGAGAAGAUUUUGAACAGAAGAAGAAAUCGAAGCAAACUGCACCCUAGCCUAAAUUUCCUACCCAGCAAUAAUGUAUGAUCAAGGACAUCAUACAAUAUGGAUAUUGGAGUAUUUUCAAUUAUUGUCAAUUUUUACUACAGUAAUAAAUAUAUAAUCGGACUCA